AUGAAAAAAAUACAUACCGAAAACAGCCCUGGACAGGGUGAAUGGUUCUACAAAAGAUUACUAGCUAUUGUUUUAAAAGGUGGCAAAGUGCAGAUAAAUGAGGAUGAGACAAUUGAUAUCUCCUUACAAAUGAAAUUUGAUCAUGAAAGAUGGAGUGUCCUAAAUGAAUAUAUAAAUACAAACAAACAUUUCACUGAAAAUAUGUUUAGGCGUUCGGUGGGGUAUAUUGAAGAUUCAAUCCAGAAACCAAGUAUAAUGGAAAAUAUAGUUAUAGCUUGGUCAGAAUAUAUUCAAUUUUACUUAACCGAAUACAAGGUCCAAAUAACAUGGAUAUUUACAGUUAUCACUAUAAAAGUGGGUUUAAUUUGGCUCUGGCACUACAUUUCUCAUAAACACAUAUUAAUUUUGUCAUUUUCAUUUUUGUAUUUAUAUGAAGUUUUUAUUUCAUAUAAGGAAGCUGAAAAACAACAAAUAGAAAUAUUCUUAUCUGCAGUUAACACCUGUAAGUGGUACAUAUGGUCAUCACAGUGUGAAGUGCCACCUCCAGACCCACUUAUUUUCUUGAAGCAUAUGAAUCCUUUGAAAAUUGGAAUAAGAAUAUUUACUGUAUUGAUAUCUGAACCAAUGAUAAUAAUAAGUGACACCAUAAACACCAUUAUUCAUGGAAUUACAGAUGGUCUAUGGUUUCCGCUAGAUAAAAUAAUGUAUGGAAUCCUGAUAGUUACAUUAAAUGUUCUAUUAAUAUUCCUAUUGAUAAUGAUAAUUUUCAAUUACAUACUUAACAUUCCUUUCAAACUCAGUUUUUUGGGACUGAUAAACGUUGGUCUGAAGCAACGCAAUAGAAACAUCUCAAAUACAGACAACAUUCAAACUGCCAGACUGGAGAACAACGAUAGAAUAAGUGGUGCGACAUUGGACAAGAUUUUAGACGUUUGUUCCCGCGCACUUUCCACGGCCGAAGUGACUCGAAAUGGAAACAACACGCUGAGGCUUCAUGCUGCAAAUUCUGGUCUGCGAAGGUCCGCGAGCACUGGAAGGCUUCCUAAUUUAGGGAAUGAUUAUAUCGCUAAUAACCGAUUAGCCCUUGAAGGCAGCUUAGGAAAAAGCCGUAUAAAACCACGAGGAAACGGGAGUGGAGAUGCA